UUUAACAAUUUUUCUCUCUCUCUAUAUAUAUCUUGUGUAUAUAGAUGCUAUUAUUUCUGUCGUGCUACGUGCGCCCCCUGCUGACCCGUGAGAGAACUUCUACAAAAUCGUUUUGUUACGUAGACGUAAUGACGUAACAAUAUUUUCGGGUGUAUGUAUCCGGUUGUGGUUGAAUAGCUUUUUGGUUGCUUGUUUACCUAUCAGAUGUGUUAAAUAUAUUUUCUUUGGUUUUAUGCAAAUAUUUUAUUCAUUCGGUAACAGCUGUACAAAACCCAAUGUCAGAAUUACAUCUCUGUGAUUGAAAUAGCUGUAAAAAAAUAUAGGAAAUAGGUUAUUAAGACUAGCUAACGUUAGCUAGCUAGCGAACUGGCGUUACAGUGCCGACUGACUGAAUUGCAAACAACAGAAGUCAGGGCAUGUUACGUUUUUGACACAUUUUUGUUUAACUGUGCAAGCCCUAGGCAAAACAAACACUCGACUUCAGGAGAAAAAUGAAUAUUCUACCUAAAAAGAGCUGGCAUGUUCGCAACAAGGACAACGUCGCGCGCGUGCGCCGGGACGAGGCACAAGCCGCAGAGGAGGAGCGAGAGGUCCAACGCCGUGUGGAGCGAGCAGAGCAGGAGGCGCGAACAGAGCACCUGAGACAGAAGUCACGAGCUGCACUUCAACAGUCUGGGGGAUGGAAGGAUGAAGGAGGGGAGAGAGGAGGGGAGGGGAGUGGAGGAGUGGUGGAACACCUCAAUCUAUUUCCUCUGGAGGAGUCGUCUGAGAAGAAAGGAAACGCAGAGUACCUCAAAGACCAGAAAGAUGAAAAGGAGCGUGAGGAGCGUGCUAUUGGUCUGCUAGUGUCCCUAGGCCCCCAACCUGGGACAGAGGUAACUCCAUGGUACAUGAAAACAGGCCAGGAAGAAGAGAAAGAUGAAGAAAAAGAGAAAGACAACAAAGGAAAGAGACUGCCACUCAGUCAAGAGGAGAAGGAGAAGAGAGACAGACGACUGAAAGACAUGCUGGACCCCUUGAAAGAGAUGAAGAAAGCACUGGCGGUGAAGGAUAGAAAAGAACAUAAGAGUAAGAAGAAGGAGAAGAGGGAUAGAGGGGAGAGGAGAAGCAGUGGUGGAGAAAGCUCUAUUGAAAGGUUGCGAGCGGAGCGACUGCAGAGAGAGGCGGAGGAGAAGAGGAGAGCCCAGGCUCUGCUGGACCAGAAGAAUGGAACAGGGAAAGAGAAGGAGCGACCAAGGGAGACAGAGGAGAGGGAAAUGCCGUACAACAGUGCUUAUUUCCCAGAGCUGGCCCGCAAGAGGCAGAGGAAAGACCGCAAUGCCUGGAGAGAUGGCAUCUUUUGAAGUCACACAUCAUGCAGUCUCAUUGUUUGGGCAACGGACAGAGAACAUUGAGGCAUUCAAGAUACAUUUAUUAGUAUGUGAAAGACGCUGAAGACUUCGACAAGGACUAGAGAGCCUGGAAGGUUAUUCAGUUGUAUUGUUGUGAAAUGUGAGGCAGUGCUUUUAGCUUAUUCUUGCAGUAACAUGGAGGAGUUAUGCAUGUAGGCAUAUACUGUAGGUUGUUGAACUAGUGAACAUGUGUACAAAUAUAUGCUACAUUGUUUACUUAUGUAACAUCUAGGCUAUCCUGAGUAUCCUAAGCAGACUUAUUGAUGAUUGUUGUCAUUGUCAUUAUUUCUAAUGAGGUAGAAAAAGAAAGGAAACCAAUCAAGAGAUUUGGGACAGCUGAGUGUAGUGUUGGAGUCUGUCUGGCACCCUGCUCAAGUGUGAGACAACACAGAGAUCAUUUUGCUCCACAACACAAGACCACUGUUCAAGUUGGAGUGUGUUUGAUGUUUUACUAUUGAUGGCAACAUUGUGUCAAGUCAAGUCUAUUUUGUUUCUGAUAAUAGCAUGUGCCAAUUUAGGAGGUGUGUGUACAUGCAUCUGUUUUAUUUAACUAUCUGAUUUAGACAGAGUUUAGGGUGGUUGGCUCAACUAUUAUUGCACAUUUUCCAUUUCAAUUAAUUCAAUAAAAAUGUUAGGCCUGCCAAAUAA